UCCCCCCACAAGCUGGGGGAAACCAUUCCUUUAUCAACCUGUAUUGUGUUAAACAGGUUUAAAUGAUGUAUUUCCCCUGCACUUUUGGCCACACUGCGUUAACUGACAGGGUUUGAAAAGCACAAGUAUGAAUUACACAAACAUAAAUGUAUGUGAGAAUAAAGGAAAAUGUUAACUGAAGGAGAUUUAAACUGAAAGCAUUUCAACGCUUUGUUUCGAGCACACAUUUUCCCCUACCAUCCUCCAGCUGAUUGCAAACGUGGGCUCUAGUUUCCUUUCUAUAUCUAAAUAUUAAUAGUCUCCAUUACAUGAAAAUUACUUUCAUCUCCGACUCACAAAGAGGGAUUAGAUUUUAAUCAGCGCAUUAAAUAUGACUUUCUAUUCCUGCAGACUGGAGAGGGAGGCAGGCAGGCAGGCAGCCAAAUGACUACCACGCUCUGAUGUUUGCAGCCUCACAGUGAUGCCUGAGAAAGUCUAAGAGGCUGUAAAAGCAUAAACAAAAAGACCAAGGAUCAUAUCUUUGAUUUUAAAGCUUCUGGCAGUUACUGGUAACAUUCCUUAAUUAAAGCUCCUUCAAAAUAUUCAUAUGCUCACAAUGAGAUGUCUGACACUGGAGUCAGAUAACUAAAGUUGACUUUAUUUUCUUAAAAGUGAUAAAUUAAAUACAUCUAAGGGGUUUUUUUCAUUAUCACUUUAAAAACUUUAAAAACAAGACAUUAACUACUAAAAGUUUGCGAGUUUGCAAAACUAAAAUCUUCUUGAAUUGUUGUUUAUUGUUGGCAAACAAUGUAUGUGUGCAUUACUGCCACCAACUGGCAACACUGGCAAAGUUGUUGCGAGGGAACAUAAAAGUUUGCUCUUUCCUCUUUGUGUAAAACGCUGUUUAUUUUGUUAUUUUCACACCUUUUAGACAUUUCUAAAUUCUGUUGUACAAUAAUAUUUUAUGUCAAACUGCACUUUUAUUUUCCUGAAAUUAUGAAUCAUUUGUCUUCACUUACUCUCAUAUUUUGCUCGACUGUUUCUUCUUGUGCACAAAAUCUUCCUGCUUCAUGUUUCCUUAUUUGUGGUGUGCUGUUUAGUCCAGUGUUUCCAAAUCUACGCCUCAUUUCUUCUACUUUCCUUUGUAUUCUGUGCAGCUGUGCCCUUCCCUCUCUUCUUCCCACUGUUUUUUUGUAACUGUUCCCUCAGUGUGUCCUUGCGAAUGCCUUACACCUCUGCUUUGCUGUGGCUCAUUGUCAAUCCAGUGUUUGUUUAUAGCAUUCAUUAGCAUUCAUUUGAGUUGGAACCCACUACUGUUAAACCCAUGAUUUGAAUUGUGUGUACAGUUUGCUGCUCCUCUGUUUAAAUGUUGCUUUGAAGUUGAUCUCAAUGAGUUUGAGUCAAAGCCAUCAAAAACACAAUGUAGAGUGUGUUCUAUUUAAAGGCUGAUGGUGAUUGUCCAUAAUGCACCUGGAGGUGGUUCCCAGGUGUGAUCAAUAAAGCUUGAUUGGCUUGAUGAUGAUGUGUGUGUGUGUGUGUGUGUGCACUGUCAAGAGUCUCUUGUGGACUAUAAAUAUCAGAUCAGAGCAGAGUGGAGUGUGUCAUGUUGUUUGUUGCUGUGUGCGCUUGAACAUGGCUCAGCUGUCCAUCUGUGUUUUCAUGCUAUUGACGCUCGUUGUUUCUGGAGGACACGUUUUCCGUGCGAGGCCGAGUUGUUACCAGCCGGUGCCAAGGAAACCCGGCUUUGGAGUGAAAACUGUAGUUCGCCCUCAUGAACUCCUGAACCUUGCUCAGCUGCCCAAGUCCUGGGAUUGGAGGAAUGUAAAUGGCAUAAACUACGCUAGUACGACUCGUAACCAGCACAUCCCUCAGUACUGUGGCUCCUGCUGGGCUCACGGCACCACUAGUGCAAUGGCUGAUCGCAUUAACAUCAAGCGUAGAGGAGUGUGGCCGUCUGCGUAUCUGUCUGUCCAACAUGUGCUUGACUGUGCCGGGUCUGGCUCCUGUCACGGCGGGGACCACGGCGGGGUGUGGGAAUAUGCGCACAAACAUGGCAUCCCAGAUGAGACCUGCAAUAACUACCAGGCCAUCGACCAGAAAUGCAAACCAUUCAACGCAUGUGGGACUUGCACAACGUUCGGGAAGUGCAACAUCGUGCGAAACUACACUCUGUGGAUGGUGGGUGACUACGGGGCCAUCAGUGGACGGGAUUAUAUGAAAGCAGAAAUCUACAUGAGUGGACCGAUCAGCUGUGGAAUCAUGGCCACAGAGAAACUUGAUGAAUACACUGGGGGACUGUACUCGGAGUUUGUCGAGUCUCCUGACAUCAACCACAUUGUCACAGUGGCUGGCUGGGGAGUAGAGAACGGCACUGAAUACUGGAUUGUGCGGAACUCCUGGGGAGAGCCAUGGGGUGAGAAAGGCUGGCUCAGGAUUGUGACAAGUGGCUACAAGGGAGAAAGUGGAAGCCAGUAUAAUCUUGCCUUGGAGGAAGACUGCAUGUAUGGAGAUGUGAUUGUACCUGAUUUAUAUUAACAAAUGUAUUUAAAUAAAUUGUCCCAAUCCUAGUUUUAA